AUGGUAUAAUUUAGAGUAAUAAUAUAGAACAAUGAAGAUGAGAUGGAAAAACAAGCUAGAUUAAUGGCAGAGAAAUAUAAAGAUGGGCCUAAAAAGAAGGGAGCUUUGGUGAAGAAAACCCAAGAAAGAACUUAAUUUGAUUCAGCAACACAUGAAAUGUAAAAAUAGGCAUAAUAGCAUCCUCCGAAAUGACAAUUUGAUAAAGUAUUAAAAUAUUAUCUAAUAAAUAAACUCACUUAUUGUUUAA